AUUAUCAACGUCAAGUCUGCAAGUUGAAGCAACACAAAACUCAUAUUAUUCUGACUUUGACAAAUUUCUUUGGAAAGCUGAAAUAAUGAGUCUCUCUGAGAUGGCAAACCUGCAACAUGAAAUAAUCUGUGUGACUGUUGCAACUCUUGAUAAGUUUGAAGUUGGCCAAACGGGAUGGUUUUAUGAUGGAUGUGUUGAAUGCACCCGGAGUGUGGCUCUAAAGGAUGGAAAGCUCCAGUGUUAUGCAAAACAUGUAAGCUCAGAGCCUGUGCCAAGGUAUAAGCUUGAAGUGUUGGCUGUUGAUGGUAAUUCCAAGGCGAAGUUCAUCUUUUGGGACACCGAUUGUGUGAAGUUAAUUGGAAAGUCUGCUCUUCAAAUGAAAAUGGAUUUGAUAGAGGCUGGUGAUUACGAUCCACUCGAAUUCCCUUACGAACUUAAUUCAAUACUGAAAAAGGAGUAUGCAAUUAGAGCUAUAUUUCAGCCUAAAAAUUCCCGACUUUCUGUCAUGGGCUUCAAAACUGAUGAAGAUUUCCGUAAGAAAAAAAUUAAGGACAGUUUCAAAGGCGAGGAGCAUACUUCAAAACUUGAAACACCUUAUCCUUUGUCCCAAGAUGAUAUAAUCAGUUGUUCUGAACUUGUAUCUGCAUCUGGAGAUUAUGAUCCUUCAAGUGGAAAUUCUGGGUUGACUCCGUCUAAGAGGUCUUCAACUGAUGUGGUGGAAGAUGUUGACAAUGUCCAACAAUCCUCAACCAAGUUGAAGCCCAUGACAGAUGUUAAAAAGGAGAAGUAG